AGAGACGCGCGGCGUCGCGACGACGUCGUAUUUGCGUCGGCAGUGCCGAGUGAACUUGGUACCGGAGUACCGGAAGUGAGAGUAGGGUGUCGAUUCAAGAUAGUUUCUACUACUUGGGUGAAACACCCGUUUUCUUUUAUUACACAUUCAACGUUAUUCUUUUGCAACUCUGUUGGAUUAAUCGCGAUACUAUAAUGUCUUCGAUAAUGUAUGAAUCUUUAGGAGCCAAGGUUGCUAUGUUCAACCAAUAUGCCAACAAACAUAGAGAUAAGCAGAGUAAAAAUCCUUUCACUUCUGGUUUGAACAUCGAAAAACCGAAAUUUUCGAAAGAAGAAUAUGGCAGACCAGAAGCAGGUUCUUUAUCCGAUUUACGCGGUCGCAAAGCAAACGCCCAUAUCUUGAAAGAAAUUCUAGAGCUUUGCGAAAUUAUUAGCCAAGAAGGCACACCCUGUCGGGAUCAACCUGACGUAAUCGCCAUCACGUUCGGCGACAUCUUCAACAUUUAUACUAAUAUUAGUAGCAAAUGCGUAGGACUGUUGUUAAGAGCGAGGAAACAGAAGUAUUUAGAAUUCGAAGGCGAAUGUCUUUUUCAGAGGAGAGAUGAUGAUGUACCGAUAUUUUUAAUCAAACCUGUCGAAGAAAUUCGUAAAGAAUACAAUCAACGACUUCAGGAAAUCCGAAACGAUGUGCUGGAUAGUUAAUAUAAAUUCACUGAUUUCUAUUAAUGUUACCGAUCGUCAAUUGACAUUCGCGGUUGUCAGACUCAAGGGAUCCAGUUUGGCCUGUAUUUAUUCAUUUGUACUCCACAGUAACACGAAUGACCAGUGUAGUAUAUAAUUUGUAUUUGCCUCAUCGGUUUUGUAUACUGAGAAUGAAUGAGUGUGGAUGAUCGGUGUAAAUAUUUUCGCGAGUGGCGCAAGUGAGAUACGUUAAUGUGACGGUAAAACGAUUAGCACGCUUAGUACAAGUUUUUAUAGAAUAUUUCACUGAGACUGUCAACUAUGGAAAUAUCUGACGCGAAAUAAAUAAUUAAUAUCUCGUGUAUUCCAUGCCUUUUAAAAAUAUUGCGAUAUUUUCACAGCACUCCGUAUUAUCCGUGCAUCUUUAUCAAAAUGUAAGAUACUUAAAUAAAAUUACAUAGUUCCAAAAUUCUUAGUA